UCAUGAACCUCUCAGCUUCUUCCCUGACUGACGCUCCUUGUCCAGACGCUUUCUAGACGUCACCGGCCUGCAGUUCUUCCAUUCUCUUUCCAUUGUUGAAUGUGAACUUGAACAACUCUCCGAGCUGGAUGGCCACGCCGAACCCACCCAGUUUGACGGGAGCGGAGUUCUCUUUGGACGCCAGCAGCACGCAGUGAGGCUGAGGCUGUCUCCACUAGGCAAUACAUCAGCGCUAUAAUCAGAUCCCGCACAUACGGGCCUGCCUUCUGUACUGGCUGCAUGCCUCAGCUGCGUACAGAACGUGAGAGGAAAGAGGAGGGAGUAGCCGCGCUCACAGCGUUCAUUCCUGCUCAACACCACAGCAUUCUGCACAUCGAAGUUACUCUGCAUGCUUUGAAGAGCACAGCCUCUCAUCACAAGGAGGGACAAUGACCAGAGAGGCAGCGGCAGAUCGAAGAGGAAUCAUCAGAGAACUGGUUUCACUUCAUUCUGCUUCUAUUUAUGCAUCUGAAACUUUCUGAGUCGUCUUUUUGUUUAGGAUUCUUUUCGUACUGACUCAACUCAUAGGAAAGUCAAAUGUGGAUUUGUUCAUAUACAAGUUCUGUCACGGAUGUGCAGACAAGGAGACCUCACAGCAACAUUUGAAUGUAUUUGUUCAUGCAGUCCAACCUGCAGAUGGUUUGUGCAAGAUUAGGAACAAAGUCAGAUACCACAACAGAUAGCUCAUCUGUUAGUAGGUAGGGUUGAGAAUCACAGCGCCAUGAUGAUCUCCGCUUUCACGACGCUGAACGCCUCAAACUUAUGUAACAUCAGCGAACAGGUGGACAACAAAACGCUCCAGACCCCGCUGGCCGUGCUCUACUCCAUCAUCUUCAUCCUGGGUCUCACCGGGAAUCUGGUGGCUCUCUGGGUUUUCUUCUUCGUUCACUCCAAGAAGAACUCCCUAUGGAUCUUCCUCAUGAACCUGGCGCUCGCAGACCUGCUGCUGGUCGUCUGUUUGCCGUUCAGGAUCCAGUACCACCUCCAUGAGAAUGAGUGGGUGCUAGGGGACACAAUGUGCAAGCUAGUGGGCUACCUCUUCUACAUGAACAUGUAUGUCAGCAUCACCCUGCUGGGGCUGAUCAGCGUCGACCGCUACAUGAAGAUCUACGGCAGCGCGCGUACUCGGCGUAAGCUGAGCUCCCCAAAGUGGAGCAUCGCCGCCUGCGCCAUCAUUUGGGUGGUGGCCCUGACUCUCAUGAUCCCCUUUCUCCGUAAAAGCAAUGACAAAUGUCCCAAUACCAAAAGGUGUUUCCACUACAGGACGAUUCCGCAGGAAGACUUGUGGAAAGCACACAUCAACAUCUUUGUGCUGGUUGUCUUCUGGUUGGUCUUCAUCUCUCUGGUGUUGUCCUACGGAAAGAUCGCCCUGAAACUCCUGCGGAGGUCGCAGCGGAGACCGGACCUUCCCACAGCCCCCCACUACAAUCGAGUCGCCCGCAAGUCCUUCUUUGUCCUGUUUCUGUUCGUCUUCUGCUUCGUCCCCUAUCAUGCCUUCCGGAUCUUCUACAUAAAAACCCAGAUCUCCAAGGAGACCUCUGGGACGCGCGACUUGGCCGACAAGUUCAACGAGAUUUCCCUGGUGUUUUCCGCUCUCAACAGCUGCCUGGACCCCGUCAUGUUCUUCAUGCUGUCCUCCUCGGUGAGGAAGGAGGUGCGGCGCUUCAUGUCGAGUGUGUUCUGCACCCGAGAAACCAGCGGAACCAUCGGAACCAUCGAUGCUAACUCCAGCACCGAACUGGACAGCAGGACCGACAAGAGAGAGUCGAAUACCUUCAGCAAUGUGGACGAGAAAAAAGAUGUUUUAUCAAGCGCCAGCUGAGCUGCAGAAUACGCAGAUCCAGAGACUUUACUGGGAUUCCCAGUUUUUGUCUUCAACUUUGAACAAUUCAAUGUGGGGACUGAUGGACAAGGCAACAAGGUUUCUCCUCUGUGUAUCAUGAGACUUUACUUGUCCUUCCA